CCUCCCACCUUUUGGGGGCGGAUCCUACCGCGUGACGUCACGCCAACAGUCGCAGCCUUUCCUCUGGUUGAUUCGCGACGCAUCAGCAGUAAUGAGGUUCAGCUAUGUCCCUGACCCAUUCAGCUGAAGGCAGGACGACGAACCGCGGCGCUCUCAGCUCCUUUGGACCUUAUUCUUGUUUUUGAAGAGGAGGAGGAGGAGGAUAUUUCCUCUGUGAAGGCGUCGCGCGGAGCUGCAAGGAUGAACAGCAUUCACACCCGGGUGAAGAGCAAGCGGACCGAGGCGCACCUCGGAGCCGAGAGGGAUCAUUUUGACAAGCAGCAGCUCAGCAGCAUCAGCAAAGCCAUCAACUCCACAGAGACACCUGUGAAGGAGAAGCAUGCUCGACGAAUCAUCCUGGGUACUCACAGGGAGAAGGGAGCCUACACCUUCUGGUCCUACGCUCAGGGUUUCCCUCUGACUGGCAGCUCCAUCCUGUGCUGGAAGUUCUGCAACGUUCUGCACAAAAUACUGAGAGACGGGCACCGAAAUGUUCUUCAAGACUGUAUGAGACAUCACAGUUCUCUAGUUGAAAUUGGACAAUCGUGGGGCCAUCUUCAUGAUAAAUAUGGACAGCUGGUGGCUUUGUACACCAAGCUGCUCUGCACAAAGUUGGAGUUUCAUACAAAGCAUGCAACAAUCCCACCAAACCUGGAGGUCACAGAUGAAGUCCUGGAGCGAACAGCAGGAACGGAUAUUAGUGAUGUGUUCCAGCUCACCGUGGAGGUGUUUGAUUACAUGGACACAGAGCUGCGGCUGGCCGAGACAGUCUUGCGUCAGCUGAACUCAUCCAUCGCUGUUACCAGCCUCACAUCAGGCCAGUGUCGCCUGGCUCCACUCAUCCAGGUCAUCCAGGACUGCAGUCAGCUCUACCACUUCAAAGUCAAGCUGCUUUUCAAGCUGCAUGCCUGUCUCCCCGCUGAUACCUUACAAGGACACCGCGAUCGUUUCCGCGAGCAGUUCAACAGCCUUAAGAGCUUCUUCAAUAAAGCCAGAGAGAUGGUGUACUUUAAGAGACUGAUCCAGAUUCCCCGGCUGCCUGAUUCUCCACCUAACUUCCUCCACGCAGCAUCGCUGGCCAAACACGUGAAACCAGUGGUGGUCAUUCCCGACAACGAUGAACCAGAGCAACAGGAAGACGACGACGACUACGAGCCUGAGCCGCUCAUCGAGGUCAGCAACGCCCCGGCACCCAUCCAGUCGCAGCCGCAGCAAAUGGACAUGUUUGAUCAGGCGUUUGGACCACCAAACGGAGGCUUUGACGACAGGGAUCUGCAGAUUGACAGCCUGAGGUCGAACCUUGAGAUGCUGAAAGCAGAGCUGGAGAGAGUCAAAACGGAGGCUCAGCGCUACGUCACACAGCUGAAGUCCCAGAUCAACAGUUUGGAGGCAGAAUUAGACGAGCAGCGUGUGCAGAAACAGCGAGCUCUGGUGGAAAACGAGCAGCUGCGUAUGGAGCUGGAGAUGACCCGCCGCCGCAACGUAGAACACGAGAGCUUACAGUCCACUUUCAUGGAGGCAGAGAAACGGGCCCAGGCCUCAGAGCAGAGGUACAACAUGCUGAAGGAGAAGCACACCGAGCUGGUGGGCAGCCACGCUGAACUGCUCCGCAAGAGCGCAGACACUGUGAAGAUGCUGUCGGCCACCCAGCAGACCCAGGAGGAAGUGGAGAGGACCAAAAUGCAGCUGUCCUUCGAGGUGGAGCGGAUCAAACAGGAGGCGGAUCUGAAGUUGGAGGAGCAGAAAUUUGAGAUGGAGAGGCUGAAAAGAGAUGUGGAGGAGAAGACGGCAGAGGUGACUCGUGUCAAGGCGACUCUUCGGAGCAGCGAGAUGACAUCGUUGGAAAUGAACAGCUCAAUGACAGCUCUGCAGGCGGAGAAGGAGCGUUUGUUGCGCUCUGUGAGUGAGAAGGAGGCGGAGCUGUCGUCUCUGCGGCAGACGUCGCAGCUGCAGCAGUCGUCACUUCAGCAGGAGCGAGACCGGAGCAGCAGGGAGCUGGGGGAGCUGCAGGGCAAACUGGAGGAGAAGACUAGUCAAGAAGAGCUGAUGAAGAAGAAGCUUCUGGAUGAGCAGUUUGCUCUGCUUCAAGGCACCAUAACAGAAGCUGAGAACAUCAUCCAAGAUGCCGUGGCCAAGCUGGAUGAUCCCCUCCACAUWCGCUGCACCAGCUCUCCAGAUUACCUCAUAAAUCGAGCAGAAGCCACGCUAAGCUCCAUCGACAAAGUGAAAAGGGGCCACGCAGAUUAUCUGUGCAACAUGUCUGAUGCUGGAGGGCUGCUGAGAGCUCUGACCCAGUUCUCCCACUUGGCCGCUGACACCAUCGUUAACGGCAGCGCCACUGCGCACAUGGCACCCACUGAUCAUGCAGAUCGACUGACAGAAAACUGCAGAGGCUGCGCCAAAGAGAGUCUGAAUUACCUGAAGGACCUGAAAUCAAAAACCAGCCUUCAGAAGGCAGAUCCAGCUUCUGUUCGCRUUAUUGUACAGAAGAUCCUGCAUUUGGGCCAGGAGCUGAGGCCCAAAGGAAUGGACAUCCGUCAGGAAGAACUGGGAGAUCUGGUUGAUAAAGAAAUGGCAGCAACAUCGGCAGCUAUUGAAGAGGCAGUACGCAGAAUUGAUGAAAUGAUGAAUCAGGCACGAAAAGACACAUCAGGAGUUAAACUGGAGGUCAAUGAAAGAAUCCUCAAUAGUUGCACGGAUUUGAUGAAGGCCAUCCGUAUGCUGAUCAUAGCAUCCACAGACCUGCAGAAAGAGAUUGUCGAGGGUGGGAGGGGUGCGGCCAGCAUUAAAGAGUUUUAUGCCCGAAACUCUCGUUGGACUGAGGGGCUCAUCUCUGCUGCCAAGGCUGUCGGAUGGGGAGCCACGGAGUUGGUAGAGUCUGCUGAUAAAGUGGUGCUGCACACGGGCAAAUAUGAGGAGCUGAUUGUCUGCUCUCAUGAAAUCGCUGCAAGCACAGCACAGCUGGUCGCUGCUUCAAAGGUCAAGGCUGAUCGCAGUAGUACGAGGCUGACUGUUCUCCAGCAGGCCUCUCGGCACGUCAAUGAGAUGGCUGCUAAUGUGGUGGGCUCCACGAGGACCGGCCUGGAGGACCUGGACGAUAAAGACCCCAUGGACUUCUCUGGGAUGUCUCUGAUCAAACUGAAAAAGGAAGAAAUGGAGUCACAGGUKAAGGUGCUUGAGCUGGAGACUCAGCUGGAGAACGAGCGUCUGCGUUUGGGUGAGCUGAGGAAGAAACACUACGAUGUGGCUGGAGUUCCUCUAGAGCAGGUUUCUGAGGGGAACGGGGACACUUCGCUGGUCCAACCUGGCCGUCUGGUCACCAUGUCGCCAAAACCCAGCAAGCCUGCUCUCUCAAAGAAACCUACGUUGGGUCAAAAACCCAACAUCCCACCCAAAAGCAUAUUCAAGUAAAAGCUGAACCAGAGGAUGGGAAAGCUUCACUCCGAGAUGCCUGGAUUUAGUGAACAGUUCCUUUAAGUUGCAUGUCGACAAUCCUGUGUGUCAACUUGCUUCUGCUUUUGUCUUUUGUUACUUUGUUCUUUUUUUCUACUAAAAUGGCCCAGAUUGUUAUUUUCUAACCUUUUAUGUUGACAAGGGUUAUAUUUUUGUGAACCACUGUCUCUUCUUUUUUUUCCCCUUAACGUAAAAACACAAUAAAGGUAUAAUUCUUUUAAUUUAAAUAUA